GACUCACGAAAUGCUGCUUGGGUUUAGGAAAGACAUCUGAAAUCGCCCUGCACCGUUUUAGAAAACCGAUUUAACACAAUGCCGAAGCAUCUUGUAUUUGAGUUUGCUGUGUUUCAUUCAUUACUGUUCGCAGGAGUCUUUGGUUUUGUUCCUUCUCCAACAAACAUCAGUGUUGUUUGUCACAACUUUGUGAAUGUCCUCUACUGGAACUACAGUAACCCAACCGAACAGCUGAAAUUCAGUGUAAAGAUUGGAGGUUAUUUAAGUGGUUCCCAAACCGUUGACACCCCUCAGACGUACCUUGAUAUCAGCAGCUACAGCAGUGAUGUGGGUGACAACUACUUAGUGUUGGUGACGGCACAUGAUGGGCAAGAGAAAUCAGAAAGCGUCUCCAUUAAAUUCACCUACAGCCAAGAUUUUAUUGAAGGGAAAAACCCUAAAUGCUCUUUGGACUUCCCGGCUGUAAAUACGUCUGUCCACAAAGACAUGAUUGAAGUGUCCAUUCAGCACCCUUUCUUUCUUCAUAAGCAAGACAUUCUGAAGGAACGGUUUACCUACACAGUUACACAUGAUGAGCAAAUAUUUUCACACUCAUGUUUUGUGAAGGACGAGAUGUGCACUGUGAAAAUCCACCUGAAUGAAAGCACAGCUGGACAGUGUGUGGAGCUGAAGUUUGAAGGGAAGAUUGCUGGUAUCCCUUUGAAUACCUACAGAAAUGUUUGUGUCCCUCAGCAGAUACCUGAGACCGUUCCUUCUCCAACAAACGUCAGUGUUGUUUGUCACAACUUUGUGAAUGUCCUCUACUGGAACUACAGUAACCCAACCGAACAGAUGAAAUUCAGUGUAAAGAUUGGAGGUUAUUUAAGUGGUUCCCAAACCGUUGACACCCCUCAGACGUACCUUGAUAUCAGCAGCUACAGCAGUGAUGUGGGUGACAACUACUUAGUGUUGGUGACGGCACAUGAUGGGCAAGAGAAAUCAGAAAGCGUCUCCAUUAAAUUCAGCUACAGCCAAGACUUUAUUGAAGGGAAAAACCCUAAAUGCUCUUUGGACUUCCCGGCUGUAAAUACGUCUGUCCACAAAGACAUGAUUGAAGUGUCCAUUCAGCACCCUUUCUUUCUUCAUAAGCAAGACAUUCUGAAGGAACGGUUUACCUACACAGUUACACAUGAUGAGCAAAUAUUUUCACACUCAUGUUUUGUGAAGGACGAGCUGUGCACUGUGAAAAUACACCUGAACGAAGGCACAGCUGGACAGUGUGUGGAGCUGAAGUUUAAAGGGAAGAUUGCUGGUAUCCCUUUGAAUACCUACAGAAAUGUUUGUGUCCCUCAGCAGAUACCUGAGACCGACCAAACAGGACUAAUCGCAGCUGUGCUAGGCGGAGCGACUGUCAUGGUCUUCAUUAUCAUUGGCUUUGUGUGGCUGCUCUGGAAGAAAUGGUCCAAAAUUCCUAAAACACCUCAAAGUUUGUGGAAAGUUAUCCCUGGGCAGUCUCACACAAUCCUUGUUUCCCAACCCGAGCGGACCACUGUUUCUUCCUUGACAUCUCAGGGACACAAACCUCUACUGACAGAUACUUCUCCCCCCAUUUUCCCGGAUGAAGACUGCAAAGAAAACACAACCCUUGAAACUGAUCUGUCUGAGGUGUCUGAAGAGGAUGUGAAUUGGGACAACUCUGAAGGCUUUUCGUCUGACUAUGACAGACCCAAAUUCCUGCAGGAGAUGAGUCCGGGGGACAAUACUGAGGGAUACGGCCCACGGCCACCAGUACUUUAGGUCUGAAUGAGUGUAAAAAUGACACUGGAAAGUCUUUGUGUUUCAUAUGCAAAGAUGGCCUGUUCAAUAUUUUUUUUUGGUCUAUUAACAAUUUCACACACUGAUCAGCUGGCUUGUCCAAGUCAAAGUUACUACAAAGUAGAGCCAUGCACGGGACUGGUUUCUUAAACCCGCUACCGCCCGCUCCCGCUGAAUGUAUGACCAGGCCCGCCCGCUGCCGCAACCUAUGUGUUGCACACCCGCCCACACCCGCAAUGUUUGUGUUCACAGCCACCUGCUCCCGCGGUAUUUAUCUCAGAGCUUGUGAAAAGUGUAGCCUAGACAAAUAGGUACUCAGACUAAAUAUUUGUUCAAGGUAACAUUUAGAAUAACAGAUUUUAGACAUGAUUGCAUUUAAAUAAUAUAAAGUAACCGAUG